AUGGAGCCCGAGCCUGCAGCUCAACCGCCACCGCUGGCGACAGAGCCUCCAGUCGCCCAGCCGCAGCAGCCUGCGCCGGCGGCCCCGGUCCACACGUCGGGCAGCAGCGCCUUGCUGCCGUCCAUCCCCGAGGGCGAAGCUGCCGAUCCUCCUCCUCCUCCUCCGCCAGCAGCGGCCAGCGAGCCAGCCACGUCGACACCGACACCGUCCUCGCUCCCUCCCCCUCCUCCUUCCACCACCGCCAACGCCGCCGCCGCACCCGCAACCGCAACCGCGCCUUCGCCCGCCGCCCUCGCCUCGGACGGCGCGCCCAAGAAGAUGGACGACAGCGAGGCCAACGCCGCCGCCGCCACCCUCGCCGGCGUCGCAGCCUCGGCCGCCGCCGCCGCAGCCUCGUCGUCGGCGGCCCUCCCGGCGACGGCCGCUCCAGCUCCAGCUCCGCCGACUGCCGAGCGUCCGCCUGGCAGCUUCGACCCGGCUGCGCCCAACGCCAUCAACGGCCUCCCGAACCCCCUCCCGGCCAACUACGAUAAGACCCAGCCAAUCUGCGCCAACUGCGCCACCCAGACGACCCCGCUCUGGCGCCGCUCGCACGACAGCACCCACAUCCUGUGCAACGCCUGCGCCCUCUUCUUCAAGAUGAAAGGUCGCCCUCGCCCCAUCUCGCUCAAGACGGACGUCAUCAAGUCGCGCAACCGGAGCAAGGGCAAGAGCACGAGCAAGGACCGUGCGGGCAAGGGCGCGGCGGCGGCGGCGAGGACGGCGUCCAAGGACCGCAGCGAGAGCAUGACGCGCUCGGGCGACGGGCGCAAGAGCGCACCGGGCGGGUCGGGCGCGAGCGAGGACCACGACAUGUCGGACGGGCGGUCCAAGCCGUUCGGCGAGGGCGCCGUCUCGGACGACGGGCGCAAGGCGCGCAAGCUCGUGCCGCCGCCAGGCGCCAUGCCCUAUGGCAUGCCGUACCCGGGCUUCCCGUACGGCUACGGCUACCCGCACCCGGCGCACCCGCACGCCCACCAGCCGUACCCGCCGCCGCGCAGCCGGUCGGGCUCGCGCGACCCGACCCGCCGCGGCGUCUCGCUCGACUCGCGCCAGCGCACGUCGGGUUCGGUGACGCCGACCGAGGGCGCCGCCGGUGCGCCGGGCGUGCCGCCCAUGCCGCCGUUCCCGUACCCGGGCUUCCACCCGGGCGCGCCGCCGCCCGAGGGCUACCCUCCCUACCCGGGCUUCUACCCGUACGGCGUCCCACCCGCCGGCUACAACCCGGGCCAGGCGCCUCCCUACCCGUACCCUCCCCCACCGCACUUUCCUCCUCACGCCGCCGCCGCCGCCCUCGCCCACGCCGCACAGGCCGCGCUCCACCCUCCCUCGUCGAUCACGCACGCCCAGUCCGACUCGCGCUCUCGUUCGCCCGCUCCAGGCGCCGACAGCAGCGCGUCUCGCCCCGGCUCGACACGUGGCUCGGCGAGCCCGCCGCAUCCGGGCGCCGCCCUCGGCGCCGCUCCCCUCCCUGCUCCUCCGCCGCCGCACUCGUGGUACCCGCACCCGAACCCGAACUACCACCUGCACCAGCCGCACACGCACUCGCCCCUUGCCGGCCGUCCCGGCUUCGCGCCCGUUCCGCUCCCGCCCAACCGUGCGACGAGCGGCUCGCCGGCCAACGGCCUCGCGCUCGGCGCCGGCGCCGUUCCAGGGCGCGGCAUGUACGGCUCGAGCAUCGACGAGCAGGCCAAGGCGGCCGCCAACGCGCUCCUCGCGCCGAUGAUGGGCGCGAGCUCGGCCCAGCACGGCACCGGCACCGGCGGCGACGACGCCAAGGUCCAGCUCCCGUCGCUCACCAGCGGCAGCACGUCGCAGCCGCUGUUUGGCCUGCCGCCUCCCGCCGGCCUGCGCCACCACGCCGGCCUCUUUGCGCCCGCCGCACCGCAUCCUGCGCUCGAGCCUCCUGUCGCCCUCGCCGCCACCGCCGCCGCCACCGCCACGGCGACCGCCUCGACGUCGACCGCCACCGCCGCUCGUGACCGCGAGCGCGGCGCGUCCGUCUCGUCCGACUCGCCGUCAGUCGCCGGCUCGAGCGAGGGCGGCGUGCGCUCGCCCGAGACGGGCAGCCGUGCACUCGCGCCGUCGUGGCGCUCGCUCGGGCUCGGCUCGGGCGCGCAGCCGGGCGGUGGGACGCCUCCCGGCGCAGACGAGCGGCGCGGCCGGCCCGAGAAGCGGUUCGACGAGUACGGCGCGAGCGCGGCGGGCAAGGGCAAGGGGCGGGGCGAUGCCGCCAUGGACGACCUCAACGAGGUCGACGAGCUGCAGGACGACGAUGCGGCGUCGGCUGCAGCCGGGAGCGGGAGCGGGAGCGGCGGGAGCACGAGCCGAGCGAGGCUGCACGGCGUCGAGACGGGCAUCCACGAGCUGCGCGUCUCGCAGUCGGGCAGCGGCGCGCCCGGUCCCGGUGCAGCAACGUCGAGCUCGGCGUCGCAGCCCAUCUCGGGCUACCUGUACCCUCGCGCGACGGCGAGCCCGGGCGGGUCGGGCAGCAGCGUGCGCCGCGUCGGCGCCCAGGGCAGCCGGUCGCGCUCUCGCGCCCGGGGCGAGUCGGAGCGCGGUCGCCCUCGCGGCGUGCAGCUCGGCGGGCCCUCGGCGCGCAGCGCGUCGUCGACGACGGCGAGCUCGAGCCGGGUUCGCGGCUCGUCGUCGGCGUCGUCGGGCGGUCGGGGCCGGCCCUCGGGAGGGCUCGGCGGCUUGCCCGCGCCGUCGACGGCGACCGACGGGACCCUGACGCCCGGCGGCUCGUCGGUCGCGAGCGCGACGGCAGGGCGCGACUGGCCGCCCGAGGCGCACGCCGAGGUGCAGCGCCUGAGGACCAAAAUCUCGGAGCUCACGUUCCUCAACGGCCUCAUGCAGUCGCGCCUCGCGCAGCUCGAGGGCCCGGGUCGGGUGCCGAGGCACGUCAUGACGAGCUUGACGGCCGAGACGCCGAGGCCCGACCCGGACGAGUUCCUCGACGAGGACGAGGAGAUGGACAGGCCCGAGGCGAUCGAGGAGGAGGAGGUCCCGGCGGGCUUUGAGUAGAGUCGCCUGCCUGUGCAUGUCAAGGACACUGCUUU